AUGCGCGACCUGUGGCGGACUGCGAGCGAGACGCCCACCGCCACGUCGGUGGCCACCACGCACCACCCGCUGUCCUCCGUGCCCUUCCCCGCCGUCACCGUCUGCUCCAUCAACAGGGUCCAGGCCGCCGCCGCCGCCCGCUUCUACUCCUCCUCGGGCUUAGAGUCAGCGGGCCUCAGCAGACAGGCGUACAAUCAGUUCCUCUUCAAUAUGGUAGACAUGGCACUGCCAGAGGAAUCCACAUCCGUGUCUGAGGACGCCAUAGCGGUGCAGACCUUCCUUAUGGCCAAAAACUACACGCUGGGGAGCGUAAUGAAGCAGAGUCAGGUAUUAUUUUCUGCACCUAUGUUCCAGCUAGCUCAACCAUGUGAAGAAAUGGCCCUCCAUUGUCGCUGGAGGGGGAAGUCCUGCAAAUGCAAGGAGCUGUUCAGACGCCGGAAAACUGACGCUGGAUACUGCUGCUCUUUCAACUACGAGGGCGUACGCACGAACGCUGCCGGCCUGCUGUCGGGUCUGACGGUGCUACUGGACCCCCAGCUGGAGGACUACCAGGCGGCCACCUUCUCCUUCUACGGCUUCCAGGUGCUGGUGCACUCGCCGGUCGAGUUCCCCGACGUCAUCGCCAGGGGACACGUCGUGAAGCCCUCGUCGGAGGCGUUCCUCCAGGUGACGGCAGAGCAGACGAUGAGCACGGACGCGGUGCGCCGGCUGUCGCUGCAGCAGCGCCAGUGCCUGUACCCCAACGAGGGCGGCUACGCCACGGCGAGCGUCGACUACUCGCGCUCCAACUGCCUCACUGCCUGCCGCGCCAGACACAUGAUGCGCCAUUGCCGCUGCGUCCCCUACUUCUACCCGUCCGUCCUCAGGUUCUUCAGCAGCUUCAAACCAGACAGUGGGGAAGUGUCUGGAGAUGAAUCAGGCAUGUCCUGCGACUGCUACCCUGGUUGCUUCGACACCGCUUAUUACCUCAGUACUACGUCGGGAUGGCUCUUCCAGUCCCAGUACGACACCACCAAGUUCUUGUAA